AGCCAGAGCUCCGAGAGCUGCCGCAUCAAGGCUCCUAGCCUUCUACUGCCUUCUAUCCGCGCUUGACGGCCUCAAAUCGGAUCCCAUCUUUAAGCUCUUCCACGCAAUUUGUUCCUCUCGUAUUGUGGUUGUAUCGCAAUCUGGGCGUAACUUCGGCUGCGAUCGAUUCGCCAUGGGAGACUACAACGAUGCUGCUUUCAUGCGCAACCAAAACGCCGCCGUGCAGGCUCGGACCAAAGCUCAGAACCGUGCCAACGUCCUCCAGCUCAAGCUGAUCGGACAGAGUCAUCCAACUGGUCUCACGGCUAACCUUUUGAAGCUGUUUGAGCCUAGACCUCCUUUGGAGUAUAAACCACCUCCAGAAAAAAGGAAAUGCCCACCACUAACAGGGAUGGCACAGUUUGUGGGUAAGUUUGCUGAACCUGGAGAUCCCGAAUAUUCUCCUCCUGUCCAAGAAGCUGAAACUCCUAUGCAAAGAAGAGCUAGGAUACACAAGCUAAGAUUAGAGAAGGGAGCAGCAAAGGCUGCUGAAGAGCUAGAAAAAUAUGAUCCACAUAAUGACCCAAAUAUUUCAGGAGAUCCCUACAAGACCUUGUUUGUGGCUAGACUUAGUUAUGAGACCACCGAGAGCAGAAUCAAAAGGGAGUUUGAGUCAUAUGGUCCAAUCAAACGGGUUCGAUUGGUUACAGACAAAGACACAAAUAAGCCCAAGGGUUAUGCAUUCAUUGAGUACCUGCACACAAGGGACAUGAAAGCUGCUUAUAAACAAGCUGAUGGUAGGAAAAUUGAGGGUAGAAGGGUACUUGUGGAUGUUGAACGUGGAAGGACUGUUCCUAAUUGGCGACCUCGCCGACUAGGUGGUGGGCUUGGUACUACUAGAGUUGGGGGUGAAGAAGUUAAUCAGCGGAACUCUGGGAGGGAACAACUGCAAUCUGGACCCUCUCGAUCUGAAGAACCAAAAGUGCGGGAGGAACGACAGGUUGAUCGGGAUAGAGAAAAAUCUCGUGAAAGAGGUAGGGACAGAGAUAGAGAACGGGAGCGAUCACGAGAACGCUCUCAUGAUAGAAGCCGUACUCGGGAUCACAGGGAGGAUAGACAUCACAGAGAUCGGGAUAGGACUAGAGAUAGGGAAAGGGAAAGAGAUCGUGGUCGUGAUCGAGAUAGGGAUCGUGGUCGUGAUCGGGAGCGAGGACGUGAUCGUGAUAGGGAGAGGGAUCGUGAUCGUCAUCGUGAAAGGGAUAGGGACUAUGAAGUUGGGGACCUUGAACGUGGACGCUCGCACGAUAGGGAGUCUGAUUAUGAUCGUUUGGAUUCUAAAAAUGAGAGGGACCGGCAUGGGGAAAGGGAGCGAGACUAUGAACCCGAGGAUGAUCGUCCAUGGUACAAUCAACUUGAGCAUGGACAUAGGCAUGCAGAUCCUGAUGGUGAUGCUGAGGAGUUCAACCACCAUGAGCACCAUCAAGCACGAGGGCAUUAUGAUCGUGGAGAAGGUGACCAUUAUGAUCAAUAUCCUGACCGUGAUAGGUUGGAGGAUGACUACCACAACGAACAUACAACAUCUGAAUCUCGUGACCGGGAGAGAAAUCGUGAUGUGGAUCAUGAAUAUCAUCGGUCAGAGAGGUCUCAUUCUCGAGAGUACGAGUACUAGUGCUCAAAAGCAUAUUAUCUCUGUACUUAAUGGUAUGGAAUGAUCAUGGCACAACAGGAAAACUUAGUUGCUCUGCUAUCAUCUGCGCGAAAUAAUUGAUUCUGGAUUUCUGAUGUCCGUGUUUGAAGGCUUUAUUGCUGUAGUUUAGUUAUUAGUUUCUCAAUGUUUGGUGUUUUGAGGAUAGGAUUGAACUGAUGAUGCUGGUGCUUAUUUUGGGUUUUGAUGUCUUCUCUGCAGACGUUUAAGAAACAGAAGAGGGUUUAUUGUAUUUGUGGUGAACAAUCGUCUGAGUCUUGUAUUUUCAUGGAGUUGGUUUGUGUGUAUGCUUGGAACCAUCCUUUUGGUUGAACGGGUGAAGCAUCAAUGUUGUUUGCACAUAGAGCGACCAUCAUUGAAUUUGUGCAUGCGCUUAA